AUGUCACGAAAACAGCAACGAAGUGGUUCACAACCACCAAAUGAACAUGUAUCACAACAACAACAUCCAACACGUCAUAUGGCAAUAAAUGUAACAAAUGAAACACUGUUACUUUCAUCAUUUGGUUGGUUAAUUAUUGAUGAAAUACAUUAUGCAGCUUCUUCAGGUGGUUUAAAAGUUGAUGGUUGUAUGAAAAAAGUUCAAGGAAAUGUUAGUUUAUCACAAAGACUUCGAGCUUUACAAUCAACAACAAAUAAUCAAAAUACAAAGAAAUAUGAUGGUUCAUUAAUUCUUCAAAUUGGUUCAACAUCACUUUCUUUAAAAGAAACUCUUUCUACGUCUACCGAUAAUCUUCCAUCGACAAAUAUUCCAACAGUUCAUCCAUCAUCUUCCAGUACUACUUCAUCCACACGACAAAUAUCUGUUCUUGAUAUAAUUGUUGGUAAAUCACAAGCAUUAACAUCACUUCAAACACGUGGUAUUAGUUUAACAUUAAGUGGUGUAACAAAUAUUGGUACAAUUGCAAUGGAUGUACCAUUAAGACCACAAGAAGUUCAUGAUCUUGUUAAUCGUGCUGGUCGUUUAAUAACAUCGUAUGUUCAAGAAUUUCUUCCCGAUGAUACACAACAAACAUCUUCUAUACCAACAACAACUAAUACAGAUAAUGAAUUAAUUAAUACAAGUUUAAAUGAUACUAUUGAAGAACCUACUACACCAGUUCCAUUAGAACAAACAAUAACAAGAAAACGUUUAGGUACACGUCGCAGAGAUACAAUUAAUCGUAAUAUAAAUCCACGUUCAUUAGAAACUCAACAAAAUAUAUCAACAUCAUCGAAACGAUCUAUAUUUGAAGUUCAUGUAACAGUACAUUACGAAAGAACGACAUUUUUUACAAUACUUCUUUCAACAUUAAAAGCGCAAUAUAAAAUAGAUGUUGCUAAUAUUGGUCGAAUGAAAUCAGUUAGUUCAGAUAAUCAUGUAAGACUUGAUUUUCCUAAAACACGUUGUUAUGGAAAUUAUUCUAUUCAACAAGAACAAGAAAGUAAAACAAAAGAUCAUUUAAAUCGUCGUACAAAAAUUGAUGUACUUAAAUUAACUAUAGCAGCUGAUUUUUUUGCACAAUUAGUUUUUGUUUCCAAAGUAAUUAUACAUGAAAUAAAUGAAAUUUUUGCAAGAGCUUCUGGAUUUGAUGAAUUUCAUUUUGGAACAACAACAAAACAUACACGUUUAUCAUCAUCAACAGUAGCUAUUAUGCGUAUUGGUUCAACAGAUACAGAAAAUGAAAAUGAAGAUGAAGAUGAUGAUGAACCAAAAAAAGAUCAACAAACAACACUAUCAACAUUAUUUACAUAUAAAAUAGAUAUAUCAAUGAAAGGUUUUGAAGUUAUGGGACAAAUGCCGUCAACUACAAUAGUUAAAUUUGAAAAUGGCGAUAAAAAAGUACCAAUAUUUGUUAAAUUAACAAAUUAUGAUGAACAAAAUUCUUUAUUACUCUAUAAUAAACCAUUAAUUAAGACACUCUUAAAUAUUAAACUUAGUUUAGGACAAUUAUUACACACAGGUAGUUUUCAAGAUGCUGCUUAUUUUCAAACAAAAGUACUUUUAAAAAAUUCAUUACAAUCGGAUGAUCCAGAUAAAGAAGCUUAUUUUAUUCGUUUAACAAAACCAAGUUUCUAUCGGCAACCUGGUGCUAUUGAUAAAGGAAUACUUUUUUGGUUAAAUUAUAAAAAUACAUAUGAACAUUGUAAUGAACAACGUGGUGCAUUUACAACUCCAAUAAGUAAUUCAACACGUUUACGUUCAAUUGUUAAUAUUCCAACAUCUCCUGCACCUAAUAGAGAACUUAAUCUUAUGUUUCAAUUACAUAUUGUUGAUUUGAGUAUUGCUAUACCACUUCAACAAUAUGAUCCACCAGCAAAAUUAUCAACAACAGAUAAUAUAACACCAUCAGGAUUAACAACCCAACAAUCUAUUCCUACACUUGAUGAAAGUAGUGAUUUUCUUGUUUUUACACUUGAUAAAACAACAAUAUCAGCAUGUUCAUGUGGUGCAAUAAUAAGUUCGGGUUCAUUUGAAGGUUUUUGUUUUCGUUUUGCUCAAAAUUUUAAACAAACAAAAAAAUCAUCUAAUGUUCAUGAAAAUCAUUGUGAUGUUCAACGUCUUCUUGAACAAAUUCAAUAUCAACAUGAAACAUCAAUUAAAUUAGAAAAAGAAUUACAACAAGAAAAAACCGUACUUGAAGAAAGACUUAAAAGUAUUGUAUAUAUGUUAGUUCAAAUAGAUCAAGAUAUGGUUACAGCUGAACAACAAAUUCGUGCUCAUAAAUCUCAAACAUAA